AUGCCUACAUCGAAUGCAGCAACGCCGCGAGGUCAGGGUUCCGGAUUCUUUCCACCCGGUAUUGGAGGUGGCUUCUCUGGUGGCAGAAAGCGUCGCAGGAUUGAAACUGGGAUAGCACCCAUUAUGGAUCUGUCUUCUGAGCACAGCUCUCCUGAAGCGCACUCUUGCUCUCGUGGUGUUCUUCGACGCUCUUUUGGUGCUCCUUCUCGCUCCUCUGGUGCUCCUCCUCGCUUCUCUGGUACUCCUUCUCGCCCCUCUGGUGCUCCUCCUCGCUUCUCUGCUACUCCUUCUCGCCCCUCUGGUGCUCCUCUUCGCUUCUCUGGUACUCCUUCUCGCCCCUCUGGUGCUCCUCCUCGCUUCUCUGCUACUCCUUCUCGCCCCUCUGGUGCUCCUCCUGGCUCCUCUAGUGCUCCUUCUCGCCCCUCUGGUGCUCCUCUUCGCUUCUCUGGUACUCCUUCUCGCCCCUCUGGUGCUCCUCCUCGCUUCUCUGCUACUCCUUCUCGCCCCUCUGGUGCUCCUCCUGGCUCCUCUGGUGCUCCUUCUCGCCCCUCUGGUGCUCGUUGUCGCUCUUCUGGUACUCCCUCUCGCUCCGGUGAUUCUCCUCCUCGCUCCUCUGGUACUCUCUCCCGCCCCUCUCAGAUCUCAGCAAGAACUGUUGAGGCUCCACCUGAUGCCUACGCUGAACCGCCGUGCAAGUCUAAGCUAGAUUACGAGAAAUACGACACUUGCCCCAAAGAAAAUCGCCGCUCAAAGCCAAGCAGGGUGUGGGAGCAGUUUCAUGUCAUUCGGUGCAAGCGAACUGGGUUUGUCUACCCAGAGCGCGCGGUCUGCAAGAAAUGUGGACAGGUUUACUCUAUGAGGAAGCAAAAUACUUCGGCGCUUCUAUGCCAUAUCGACAACGGAUGCGACGAACAAAGGGAUCAGCCACCAAUAGCAUCGUACUUUUACCAGAAACGGAAGGUCAAUUCCAAUCAGAAAUCUGCUGUGAAUGCGGCGUUGGUUGAUCUGCUGGCAUGCGUGCCUGGUAUAAGCUUCAACGGAACCCAGAUAGCAGCAUUCAAGAAAUUCGUUGAGGUCGCGGCUCAGGUGGGGGCAGAAAAUAGGUCGGGCUUCGAUGCAUCGCAAGUCUUAUUUUGCCCCAAGACUCUUACUGACGACAUGUUGAAGAAAGGGGCGGACGCCACAGAGAAGAUUAAGAACCACCUAGCUCAGCAGCCAAAGCCAAUAAUGGUAGUACGGGAAAAGAUACUUUUCGACGGCUGGACCAGCCACCAUAAGCACGAGAAUGUGCUUGGAGUCACCACACUUUUGAAUGUUAACGACGUGCAGCGGAGCGUUCUUCUGGCACUGGAGACACCAGAGACCAUGACCGCUGAUGACAUUCAGGAAAGCUUGGAACGGGUAUGUUCUAGAUAUCAAAUCCCGAUAGAAAAGGUGCUAUUUGCCAGUGAUAGCUGUUCGGCGAAUACGGCGGCUCUCGGGCAAGGCAAUAUGGCCUCCGUGUGCUGUUUUGCACAUAUGGUGCAAAACGCCCUGAAGGCCGGGAUGACACACCCUGUGGACAAUGCGAUAGACAACUGCGAGGAUGCGCUACGCAGCAUGAACACUGGAGAGACUCUUGAAGCUUUUCUCGAGGAGCAGGCAACGGCUCCGGUCGAGUCGGUUCUUCUGACAAGCUCGCGCCUCGUUGCGUACUUCAAGAGGUCGAAGCUGAAUGGCAAGCUAGCACGUCUUGGAUACAACAAGUAA